CUGUUAUACAAUUGAAUUAUUAUAUUAAAAGUAAAAUAUUGCAGGUUUUUGCGGUCACGGCGGGCGCCGCUAUAGAUUCCACCAAGCCACAGACGGCGUUUUCAGACGCUGCUCGUCGUACUUAUCUCCUUAUCCUUCUCCCAGCCCUAAACCAUUUAUGUGGUCAAAAAGCACAGAAUCAUCAGUCAGUCGCACAAAGCGCCGGCCAUGGAAGAAGAAAGUAAGCUUCACAUCGUCAUGCUGCCAUUUGUCGCCAUGAGCCAUCUCCUCCCAUUCUUCGAGCUCUCCAAGCGGCUUGCUCUUAAAGGGGUGGAGAUCUCGUUCUUCACCGCGCCAUCCAACAUCCACCGCCUCCCUUCAAUUCCACAAGCCCUAACUCCCUUUAUUAACUUCAUCUCCUGUUCCAUCAACAACAAUUCUUCCAACAUCGAGAACAGCGUCGAUCUCGGCUCCGAAGCCGACCGACUUCUUCUUCUUAAAGUCUACGACAACUUCGAGAACCAACUCACCGCCUUGCUCUCCGAUACUUCUCGUCCCAAACCAGACUGUAUCAUCUACGACUUCCCCGGCGGAAGAUGGGCUCCAGCCCUAGCUUCCCGAUAUAACGUCAACUCAGCCAGCUUUUGCCUCUUCAACGCCGCCGCACUCACCUUUUGCAACCAUACCAAAGACUUCGACUCACCGGAAAAACUCACAACGGUGCCGGAUAGUAUCCCGUUUCCGACUACCGUUGCCUUCCGGCCAUUCGAAGCUCGUAUAUUCUACUCAAUGUUUGGCAAAAAACCAAAGCAAACAGAAGCCAAAACAGAGAGCAGCCAAUUUACCCUUAUCAGAACCUGCAAGGAGUUCGAGAGCAAAUGGUUAGAUCUGCUUGGCGACACACAUACCCCCGUGGGUUUACUUCCCCCAUCUUUUGACGAGGAGGAAGAGAGUGAGGCAUGGACGAGAAUACGCGAAUGGCUUGAUGAGCAAAAGGAAAGUUCUGUGGUCUAUGUUGCUUUUGGAUCUGAGGCAAUUCUUACGAGAAAGCAAAUUGAUGAGAUUGCAUUAGGGUUGGAGACGAGUGGACUACCGUUCUUCUGGGUUCUGCGGGUGGGUUCGCCGCCGCAGGGGUUUGAGGAGAGGACGGCCGGAAGAGGGCUGGUGUGGAUGGGUUGGGCUCCGCAGGUCCGAAUUCUGGCCCACUGGGCGGUUGGAGGCUUUCUGACCCACGGUGGGUGGAAUUCUGUGGUGGAAGGGUUGGUGGUUGGGGCGGCGAUGGUGGUUUUGCCGAUGAUGUUUGAGCAGGGGCUGAAUGCGAGGAAUUUGGUGGAGAAUGCUUACGCGGUUGAAGUGGCGAGGAAUUAUGAAGAUGGCUCCUUCACUGGUGAGGAGAUUGCGAGGAAGUUGAGGAUGGUGAUGGUGGAGGAGGAAGGAGAGGAGCUGAGGAAGAAGGCGAAAAAGGGGAAAGAGGUUUUUGGGAGUGAGAAGCUGCAGCAGGAAUAUCUUGAUGAGCUCGUGAAGAAGCUACGGGAGAAACGGACGGUGGUGGCAGAGCCAGCUUGAUUUGUUUAGGGUGGUAAGCAUGGGGGUUUAAUAUAUAAAUAACAUGGAAUAAAUUGGUAUGUAUGUAAAUCCCCCGUAUUUAUAUUUUUUAGUUUUAUGCUUUAUUUUUUUGCACGAAAUAAGAAGUGAAGGAUGUAAUAUUAUAAUUUUAUUUGACUACUACUUAAUGUUAUCAUUGCAAAAAUUUAUAUUAUUA